AUGGUUCAAAGCAACCAUGUCGCAGCCCAGGGUUUAACCCACCCCAACGACAACCUAUCUUCUUCAAAUGAUCGAAUCAUGGAGAACUUGAAACCGGUCACAUCAGAACAGUCACUCGCCAGCCGCCAAGUCUCGCAGCAAACGGACAACAUAAAGCCGGCUCGAUUAUCGUCAGAUGAUGCCACGUUGGCAGUACCAGCAGAACGCGUGCCCGAAGAGACGGAUUACACACGGCCCUUCGACAAUGGCUACCACUUUCCACCCAAGUACCCCUGGAAGGAGUCGACCAAGACAGGGCUCGCCUCGUUCUGGAAGUUCUUUACGACGCCGAUGGGGGCCUUCUGGACGUUCUACGGUCUCAACGUUGUUGCCUGGGGUGGCAUGUUGUUCCUCCUCAUUUGUAACGCCGCGCCAGCCAUGUGCCAUCCAACAUGCGACGACAUCAACUCGCCUAGGCGGAAAUGGGUUGAGUGGGACUCGCAAGUUCUCACGGGACUGUUCUGCGUCACUGCGUUCGGACUGGCGCCAUGGCGCUUCCGAGAUCUGUGGCUUCUGAUGAAGUACCGGAUUAAGGGCCAGCAGGAAGGCCUUCUCAGGCUCGCUGGGAUCCACCGCAGCUGGUAUCGUCUCCCUGGCACGGAGGCGCUGUCUCCGGAUAUUGGACCGGACAACCUCCCGGCUGAUGUACCUAAGCAGUGCGUCCCCAUUCCGCAGGAGAAGAUGCCCAACGCGCCAUUGACGGGCAUCCGAGCGCCGGCCACCAAGGUUUGGAAGAUGGACUUUAUGAUCUGGUGCAUGAUUGUCAAUACUUUGGCUCAGGUCGGUCUGUGUGGCAUAAUGUGGGGCAUGAACCGGUAUGACCGCCCGAGUUGGUCGACGGGGUUUCUGGUGGCUAUCGGCUGCAUCAUCGCUAUGGUCGGUGGACUGGUCAUGUGGCUUGAGGGAAGAAAGGUGAAGAGGAUCGAAGGUGUUCCUUGCAGCGAGCGAGAUCUGCAGAAGCUGGCGGAGGAUAAGGAAAAGGGCAUCUUGCAUUACAACAACAUCAAAGACAAGAAGCCCAAGGAGAAGAAGAUGAAGCUAAGCGAUCCUGAGAAAUAG